AAUGGAGCUCUGAUUUUUACAUUGCAGCAGUGGGGCAUUAUUUGAUCUAUUAACUCUACUUUUUAAAACAGUCUGAGGAUGUGGACUCUGGGUCUUCAGGUGGUCGUCAUCUGUGUUUUCCUUCAGGUGCCAGGCUGUUUUCCAUCAUGCCUCAUUAUUGGCUCUGUAGCUAACUGUGGCUCCAAGAACCUGCGCUGGGUCCCUCCUCUUCCUCCUCACAUCACCCACCUGUUCCUGGAGAUGAACCACAUCUCUGAGAUUAACUCCUCCUCCCUGUCGGGGCUGGAGCAGCUGCGGGAGCUGGACCUCGGACGGCAGUAUGUGCCACUUGUGAUCAGAAACAACUCCUUCAGCGGUCAAAGCCGACUGAGGAGGCUGGUGCUCGGGUUCAACAUCGGCCUUCAGCUGGAACCUCAGGCUUUUAUUGGACUGUCCGGUCUGCAGAAUCUCCACCUGGAUUACUGCUCACUUCAAGACACCAUCCUGAAGGAGAACUUUCUGGAGCCACUGUCAUCCUUACAGUCUCUUGACCUGUUUGGUAACCAGAUAAAGACUCUCCAGCCUGCAAUGUUCUUCGCAAACAUGACUAAUAUGAACGUUUUUAAUCUCAAAUUGAACAAAAUUGACAGAAUAUGUGAGUCUGAUCUGGUUGGUUUCCAGGGGAAGAACUUUGAGUUUCUCAACUUGGGCUCUGUUCACCUUAAGGCUAUGUUAAAUGAACGUUUUGACUGGCAGAAAUGUGGGAAUCCUUUCAGAGGAAUGUCCUUUCAGACACUCGAUCUGUCCAACAACGGGUUCAGUGUGGGUAAAUCUAAGCAUUUCUUCUCAGCCAUUAAGGGAACUAAGAUCUCCCACCUCAUUAUGUCAGGACACAUGGGUAAAGGGUUUUCCUUCAAUAACCUCCCUGAUCCAGACCGGAGCACGUUUCAAGGACUAAAUGAGAGCUCAAUCCGCACUUUCGAUCUGUCUAAAAACAGGAUAUUUGCAUUGCAACAGGGGGUUUUUAGUCCGCUGAAAGAAGUCACAAUCAUUGACGUUUCCCAAAACAAAGUGAACCAGAUACACAGAAAUGCCUUUGAAGGUCUUCAGGGAAAUGUAAAAAUGCUCAACCUGUCACACAACCUACUGGGGGAAAUCCACUCUCACACUUUUGCUUCUCUGACAAACCUGGGAGUGUUAGACUUGUCUUACAACCACAUUGGUGCUCUUGGUUAUGGCGCAUUUAGUGGCCUUCCCAAAUUAAAAGCACUGUAUCUAACAGGAAACUCAUUGCGUGACCUCGGCUUCCCUGCGUCCCUCCCUAGUUUAGAUUACCUCCUGUUGAAAGACAAUAAACUGACGUCAAUGAGCAGUAUUGCACGAUUGUCCGGUAAUGUCAUGCAUCUGAACAUUCAGGACAACAGAUUAACAAACCUUGGGGAUGUUCACAUGUUGUUUACUCAGUUAAAGCGCCUGAAGCAUCUUCUCUACGGAGGAAACACAAUCAGGAGGUGCAUGCCCAGUGGACGAGCUUCAGCAAUUGGUUUGAACGAAGUCCAAGUUCUGGAUCUUCACAGCAGCUCCCUGCAGGCUGUCUGGUCUCAGGGGAGAUGCUUGAACUUGUUUGACAAUCUUGGACAUAUGAUUGGUGUCGACUUGAGACUCAACGCGCUGAAGUCUCUUCCUCAAGGCAUUUUUAAGGGCCUCACAUCAGUAGUGGAGAUGGAUCUCUCCUCCAACAGCUUGACUUAUCUCCACAAUGAUGUCUUACCCAAAAGUCUCAAAAUACUCAACCUCUCCAACAACUUUGUAGCCUCCCCGGACCCCGCUGCUUUCCGCUUUCUCAGCUUCCUCGACUUAAAUAUGAACAGAUUUCACUGCGAUUCAAACCUGAAGAGCUUCCUGAGUUGGCUGAACAAGACCAAUGUGACCUUCCUCAGUCCUGUUGAGGAUCUCAGGUGUGAAUAUCCGUCUGGUUUCUAUAAAGUUCCUCUGUUAGAUUACUCCACUCAGGUCACACAGCAGUAAAAGCAACAGUGAACAAGUAUGAACAUCAAGUGCCAUGUAAUGUUCAUUUGAGUUUACCACAUGGUGUUUUCUCCAUGACAUGAAUUCAUAAGUGUAAAAUAAUGUAUUUUGAAUGAAAAGUUGUUAAAUCCAUUUUAGUAAUCACCUCCGUGUAGACCAUAUCAUACAUUUGUAUAUUAGAAUGUCAAAUUGUAUAUGAUUUUGUAAAAUGAAAUCAAUGUGUUGCUUAAUCUACUGCAACAAAGCAUUUCUAACAGAUGUACUUUAUAAAAAACGUUUUAUUU